AUGCCCUCCGACUUUCUAACGCCUUUCCUGGAGCUGGACGAGGAGUUCUGCAAGAGUUUCCGCGGUUUGGAGGCGACUGAUGCUUCAUCCAGCAGCUCUCAGCGGCAGCGAGUUCUGGGCUUCCAGCGCCGCCACUCGCUCUGCCCCGUCACGCUGCCCAACUCCAAGUUCAACAGCGCCGAGCCGGGCUGCUGGGGGCUCAACAUGGCCGCCAGCCCGCCGUGGAGCCGCGAGGGCCAGCUGAGCUCGUCGCUGAGCCACAUCCCCUUCAGGGUCGACCGCUCGGUCAGCAUGAUCGAAGGCGUCCGGGAGGACAAGAUGGCCGACGUGUCCCCGCCGCCGCUGCUGCUGCCUCCACCGGGCCUCAGCAUCAGCAGCUCCUCUCUGUCCGCCGCCGCCAGACCACCACCGCCGCCGCCGCCACACAUCUCCACCCGCUACAAGACCGAGCUGUGCCGGACCUUCGAGGAGAGCGGCGCCUGUAAGUACGGCGCCAAGUGUCAGUUCGCUCACGGCCUGGACGAGCUGCGAGGCCUCAGCCGACACCCCAAGUACAAGACGGAGCGCUGCCGCACCUUCCACACCAUCGGCUUCUGCCCGUACGGCGCCCGCUGCCACUUCAUCCACAACGCCGACGAGCUCAACGCCGCCGCCGCCGCCGCCGCCGCCGCCGCCGGGCCUCAGAGGCCGAAGCUGAGGCCUCCUCUGCUCCGCCACAGCUUCAGCUUUGCCGGCUUCUCUUCGUCUCCUCAGACUUUCCAGCCGCUGGACGAGCCUUCGUCCCUGCUCUUCGCCCGGGCCUCCUCCGUCUCGCCUCCACCGUCCUCCUCGGGGAGUCCGGAGCUCCUCUCUCCUCUGUUUCCAGAACCGGGGGCCCUGAAGCACUGCUCCUACCCCUUCUCCGGUAUCAGCGACCUGGCGGGCGACAGCAGCGAUUCUCUUCGGUUCUACGCUGCGACCGACUCGCUCAGCAGCAGGUGUCCGAGCUCCAAACAGCAGAACCUCCAGUACCUGCCGCCCCAGCUGCCGAGCGGCCGGCCGGGCCUCCAGCGCUGCUCCUCGGCCGACUCGCUGUCCGAGGAGGGCUACACGUCCUCCUGCUCGCUCAGCUCGGCCUCCAGCGGCACCGAGUCGCCGAGCUUCGAGGGCCGCCGGCUGCCCAUCUUCAGCCGCCUGUCGGUGUCAGACGAGUAGGAGGUUCUACUGCAGACUGGACUCGCUCAGGAACAGACUGCUGUAACUCUGGACCCGGUGCUGCCCGGUCCAGAGGGGUAGAACUCCAGCUGUUCUGCUCCCUCCUGAGUCCAGCCCAGUAAAUAUCUUUGUGCAUAUUGCAUUUCUCAUCCAAGCAGCUGUAGCGCUGCUCAGUGUUCGUCCAGUUUUAGCCGACUUUUGGUUCUGUUGUGUUUCUAAGUUUGUUCUGUGAUGUUACUGCUGUAUACUGUUGUAUACCCGUUUAUAGAGAACAUGUGCAGCCCGGCGUUGGUUCUGAUGCCGGUUCUGGAGUUCUGUGUGAGAACUGUCUGCACCCUGGAGAAGAGGAAGGAUUUGAACUGUUUGUGCUGCUUUAUUUAUCAUCCAGAUCCUGUUGAUCCAACCGGACUUCUCUGUCGGGUUCUGGAAGACGUUUCACCUCCAGAACCCGACAGAAGUCCAGUUCAAGAACUUAACAAGAACCUAACGUAGAAGCUCCAGCAGGUUACGUUCUGCAGCCGUCAGCACUUCUCACAUUCAGGGUUGAAUAACUGUCUCUGAUUGAUUGAUUGAUUGAUUGAUUGAUUGAUUGAUUGAUUGAUUGAUUGAUUGAUUGAUUGAUUGAUUGGCUGUGGCCACUUGAUUGUAUUUGUUUUUACUGCACCAGUGUAGAGAACCCACUGACUCUAGCUACCAAAGUUCUUGCUAACCUGCUAGUUACCGUUAGCGUAGCCACGACUGCUAACAUGCCGAUCCUUGUGAUUAUAGAUUAACGCGUUAGUUUUAGAUUUAUUUAUUGCCUUUCGCUGGUUCUGUCAGUUUGCUUCGUGACUGUUUUAUGCAUUUUUCUGUGAUGCCGGAGAAAUUGUGAGGCUUUAUUAUGCAUCCGGCCGCUCGGUAGCUUUACGGCGGCCCGCUGGAGAGGAGAGGACAGGAGGAGGUAGAAACUUUGGCAUUCUGUAUUCAUGUUGCCUUACUGGCUAAAGGCCUGCAGGAAUCAGGACUCUCCUCUCCGGGACGCCUCGGCCUCCUCACCCCACUGACCUCAGCAGCUCUGGAGCUACUCAACCAACAAGAAGAACGAACUCUGUCGUAAAGUCUGCGUUUUGUUUCACGUGCGAUCAGGUCGAAGCUGUUUGAUGUUUCCGUCGGAGUCGCCUCCGACUCUGUUGCACGCUAGCUAGCUAGCUAACACUGAAAUCACUCGACUGAAAUCAGGCGAAACUUUGACUGUUUCUUUAUUUUUGGUCCUGAAGAUCUCGUCGACAUUUUUUUUGUAACUGUUGUUAACUUAAAGUCUUAUUUAUUUUGGGGUUUUUUAAAGCAGAACCUAUAUUGUGUUGUUUGGUGUGUUUUUCUUGUUUCACAUAAUUUAAGUGCAUCUAUUGUUUACAUUCCAGGUUAUGUUCAUAUCUUAGCUCUUUAUCUUAAUAUAUGUCCAUCUUUAUUUCCAAAUAAAGGUCUUUGAAAACAGCUCA